AUGCGCACGAUGGGAACAGUUUGUAGCUGAAGUUCAUUUACUGGAAAGCUGUCGCAUACCUCGAUACCUAUCCUCGCCACUUCAUGCAACGGAGCUGCAUGAAUUCGCAGAUAUUUUACAGUCAGGACAAGGAGAUUUCUAAUUUUCUGCGUCGCAUUUUGCAGGUAUUUGCGAGACCGCCGUACGAUCUAUCAAACUCCACCGUCGCCGAGUAAUUGGUAGCUUUGACUUUCGAGGAAUAUUCAACAAUUUUAACCAAGAUUGAAGAUUUAAUCACCUCUCGCCUGCUGUGCUCGCCCAGCGAUCACAGCUUGGAUCCCCUUUCCACCACUCAUUUUCUUACAGGUCAACCUCGCAUGUCGGUGCCGUCCUUGCUAGACGUCAACAUUAACAGACUGCAGCGUUGGAGACAACUGCAAGCCAAGGUUCAGGGAUUCUGGAAACGUUGGACUCUGGAAUACCUUGCGUCCUUGCAACCUCGCAAAUGGCUGCUUGGGCGAAUCACCGAAGUUCAUCCUGGCCAAGACGAGAGGGUUCGAGUGGUCACCGUUUCCAAACUUGCUGUGCCUUGUUGCCUUGUUCUGAACAGCCGUUCAGGGGGUCUGUUAACAAUCGAGUGCAACGGAAAGCCAUGGCCCUGUAUUGCUGGGGCGACGCCUCACACGGUCAAUUGGGGCUCGGUGGCAUCGAGAAUGAGCAGAUCCUUGCACCUAGUCAGAUAGAGUUCGCCGGUGCAACAGAUUGCCUGCGGACAUCGCCACACGCUCUUCCUGCGGAAACAACGAUCACCACCAGCUUGGCCACGAGUUGCCCACUAAAAGGACACGUAUGUCGCCUUCCGAUACCUGAGCUGCAGGCCUAUGUUGUCAUCCAGAUUGCCUGUGGCAGCCGCCAUUCCAUGGCCCUCACCGAAUGGGACCAGAUCCUGAGCUGCGGCGACAACGAUUGCGGACAGGUGGGCCAUUUCACCGAUAACGAUGUCAUUGAGCUGCCAAAGAUCUUGCGCUUUCUAGUGUCCAAAAGAUUGGUGGUGGUGGUGCAGAUUGCGUGCGGCAACAAUCACAGUCUGGCACUCACGAGCUGUGGCGAACUCUACUCCUGGGGCUACAACAUCUAUGGCCAGCUGGGCAUCCAGUCGCUCAAAGAUCUGCCGCACUUCAAUGCCCCUGUGCAGCUGACGACCAUCUUGGGCACCCCACUGGCCACCAUCGCAUGUGGGGGCAACCAUUCUUUCCUCAUCUCCAAGUCCAGUGCAGUGUUCGGUGGGGCAAGAACACUUGCGGCCAGCUGGGGCUCAAUGACGAGCAGAGUCGUGCGUAUCCCUCGCAACUGAAGACAAUGCGCACGCUGGUCGUGAGAUUCGUGCCCUGCGGUGACGAGUAUUCCGUGUUCCUCACCAACGAGGGAGGCGUCUUCACCUGCGGUGCUGGCAACUACGGCCAGCUGGGGCAUGGCGUCAGC